UUUUCCCCAUUCAGCACAGCUCAGAACAGACAGCUUUCCUCACUUCAGUGUCUGAAGUGCCGAGUAUGUGAGAUGGACCAAGUCUACGGCAACGCAGAAAUAGUGUUCUCUGACCUGGAGGAGAGGCAAGCGGCAGAUCUCUUCAAAGGAGAACAGGAUAUCUAUGCCAAUGCUGCUGAGCAGGAGUCAGGAGAGAAACAGAACUGCCCUGUCGAACACACAGGCUCCUCUCCUCUUUCUGCAGCAGAGAACAGUGGUGCCCCCUGCAGGUGCAGCCUGGCCCUGCUAGUUGUAUCCUGCCUUGCUCUGCUGGGUGGUCUCACUGCCCUGGGGAUCCUGUACGUUCAGAAAAGCAACCGAUCGGACGCCCUGGAGGAGGAGAACAGGGAACUCUCCAUCUCUCUGUCUUCUGUGGAGCAGAGGCUAGCAGGAACCGAAAGAAAUUUGGAGGAACAGCAAGUGAGAGACAGAAAUGAAUCAGAAAGACUCUCUGCUUAUCGAGACAUUAAGAGCAACUUGGAGGAGCUGCAAGUCAAGCAUAGAGAUCUGUGGAAAAAGAUUUCCCAUUACAAUGAAUGCACUAAGAGGGAAGUGGACCUUGCCUUCCUGUUUGAUGGGUCAGAAAGCCUGAAAGCAGACGAUUUUAAGAAGAACAAAGACUUCAUUGCUGACAUCAUGAAGACACUUUCAAAUACCUCUACACAGUUUGCAGCAAUGCAGUUUUCGAAGAUGUCCCGCACUGUUUUCACCUUUAAAGACUACCAAGCAAAGACGGCAUUGGAUCUCUUAGAAAAGGAACAACACAUGAAGGACCUCACCAACACAUAUGGUGCAAUGAACAAUGUUCUACACAGUAUUUUGAACAGCACAACAGCUGGUGCCAUUCCAGAUGCUACAAAGGUUCUAGUCAUCAUCACAGAUGGAAAUCCAUCUGACAAGGAUUGGAAAAAGGUCGUCAAAACUAUGGAUGACAGGCAUAUCACCCGUUAUGUUAUUGGGGUUGGGAAUGUCGCCCGGGAGACACUGACAGCCCUGUCAUCACAUCUCCCGAACAAGAAUACUACCUUCCCCAUAAAUGACUACAAUGGACUGAAGGGAGUCUUGGAUAGUCUACAGAAACAGAUCUACAACAUUGAAGACGUUCAGAAAAGCAACCGAUCGGACGCCCUGGAGGAGGAGAACAGGGAACUCUCCAUCUCUCUGUCUUCUGUGGAGCAGAGGCUAGCAGGAACCGAAAGAAUGUUGGUGGAACUGCAAGUGAGACACAGAAAUGCGUCAGAAACACUCUCUGCUUAUCGAGACAUAAAGAGAAAUCUGGAGGACCUGCAAGUCAAGCAUACAGAUCUGUUGAAAACUAUUUCCCAUUAUAAUGCUAUGGACGGAUGUGCAUGCCUCACUGGAUGGAGAAUACACCAGGGAAAGUGUUACUUCUUCUCCACUGAAAAGAUGAACUGGUCUCAAAGUAAGGAGUACUGCACCUCGAAGGGGGCACAUCUGGUCAUCAUAAACAACCAACAGGAACAGAAUUUUGUGUCGUCCAGGAUUAGUGAGACGCACUGGAUUGGGCUGAGCGACCGGGACACAGAGGGGCAGUGGGUCUGGGUGGACGGUACGCCUCUUGACAGAAGCGGAACCCAGUACUGGUGGGCAAAAGAGCCGGACAACUGGAUGGGCGCAGGGGACCCGUCCGGAGAAGACUGCGCAGCUCUGGGGGACCACAACGGAAACCCUGAUCGCUGGUUCGACGCUUCUUGUGGAAAAAUAAAAAAGUUUGGCUGUGAAACACUGCCACGAAUUUGAACGAAUCAGGCCCAGAAUAUCUUGUUUCGCCCUGAGGUGGCUAAUCAGUAGCCAUAUCCUCUGAACCACUUAGACUUAUGAAAAGUGUAAUAUGCUGUCAGUAUUUUACAGUUCAUAUAUGUCCAUGAAUACAUCAGCAGGCUAAGCAUUUUUUGUCAGUGCAGUGGUCAUUUUUCUAAAGCUGUGCUUUCCUAUUAAAACUACUGUAUGUUAAAAUGUAUACAUUUUAAGCACAUUGAUAACAUUUAAAUUUUCGGUUUUAUACUGUGUUAGCUAUUUUACCGGUGUGCCAUUUUCAUUGUGUGCCUGUGGGUCACUCUGGAUGAGAAAGUCUGUUAAACUGAUGUUAUGUAAUUCUGGAUGUUUCCAUAAGUGUCUCUUAUAUCAUUUGUAUUUCUAGCAUUUGUUGUGUCCGCAGAUUUUGUGCUGUGGGUACUGUUUGUAAUAUCCAUAGUAAUUAAGUGCUGUAAAUGUACCUGUGGACUCCCUGAUGUGUCCUGUGAUAUAGUCUUAUGUUGGCAGUUAUGUACAAAUCAUUUUGCUUCUUUAUGAAAGUUACUGUGUUUUUAAAAAUGUCAGAUCUGCCCAAAACUGCAGUUUGUGCAGACUCACUUGGGUCAUGUACAGCUAAAGGUAUAAAUAAAUGAAGGGGUCACCUAUGUGGAACU